ACCAUCCAAUCAGUCUCGGUUUAAAUGAACGUCAACAAAGUAAGAAGCAGCGGAAUUCACGUACAUAUUACGUCGCUUUGCCGUGGAAACGCAGUUGUGACUCGUAUCUGUACGUAUGUGUCGUUGCUGCCCUCCUUCCAUCAGCAGGUGAGGUCAAAUACGAGAGAGAGCGGAAGCCGUUUGCUGUCAGGUGGAUUUAGAUGUUUUAGCGUCAACGAAGCAAAUGGACGAUACUAAAACACGUCUCGUCGAGAGCCUCAUUAUAUGGAUACAGACAUUCAACACCCUGGGGCCCUGCACCUCAGUGGAGGAACUGGCCAAUGGAGCAGCAAUAUCACAGGCGCUGAAUCAGAUAGACCCUGCGUACUUUGACGACGGAUGGCUUGGUCGGAUCAAAAUAGAUAUUGACAACAACGUGAGAUUAAAGAUGAACAACCUGAAGAAGAUUCUUCAGAUGGUGGUUAAUUAUUAUAAUGAGGUCUUAGACGAGAAGAUCUCGGACUUUCGUUUACCAGAUGUGGCCUUAGUGGCGGAGCGAUCCGACCCGGUGGAGCUGGGGAGGCUACUGCAGCUCAUACUGGGCUGUGCUGUCAGAUGUGAGCGUAAACAAGAAUACAUUCAGGUCAUUAUGACCUUGGAGGAGUCUGUGCAGCACGUUGUCAUGACAGCCAUCCAGGAGCUCAUGAGUAAAGAGACCACGGACCCAUCUGAAGCAGACCUGUCCGGGGACUUACAGCACCAGUUAAAAAAAGCACUUGAAGACCUCGGUGAAGUUUUAGCUGAGAAAGAAGCGUUAGUCCAACGCUGUCAAGAGUUGGACAUACAGGUGGCUGUACUGCAAGAAGAACAAAAUAGUUUAUUGGCCGAGAAUGACGUCCUAACUGACCGGGCCAAUCAGCUGGACACAUUCGAAGACCCCAGCACGCCGUCGGGAAGAAAACACAGCCAGUUACAGCAACAGCUGGAGACUCUGCAGGAGGAGAAUUUUAGGCUGGAGGCAGCUAAGGACGACUAUCGAAUCCACUGUGAAGAGUUGGAACAGCAGCUGAUUGAGGUUCAGCACCGUAACGAUGAGCUAACGAGCCUGGCAGAAGAGUCCCGGGCCCUCAAGGAUGAACUAGACAUAAUGAGAAACUGCACCGAUCGAGUGGCCAUGCUUGAGGCUUCUGUGGAGACAUACAAACGUAAACUGGAGAAUCUGGACGAUCUGAAGAGGCAGAUGAAGCUGCUGGAGGAGAAUAACAUGACCUACAUGCAGAAUACUGUCAGCCUGGAGGAAGAGUUGCGCAAGGCCAAUGCUGCCCGUGCCCAGCUGGAGACGUACAAGAGACAGGUCCAAGAGCUCCACAAGAAGUUGUCUGAGGAGUCGAGGCGUGCGGACAACUUUGCCUUUGAAAUGAAAAAGUUGGAGGAGAAGCAUGAAACUGGGAUGAAAGAGAAAGAAAGAAUUAUCAUUGAAAGAGAUUCUCUUAAAGAGAUCAACGAGGAGCUGAGAUGCACUCAGGCUCAACAGCACCAGCUCUCCCUAGCAGCAUUUCUUCCUUCCGGAAUCCCAAGCCACGAUAACCUGGCAGCUGAAUUGAUUCCAGUUGAGUACAGGGAGAAGUUUAUCAGGUUACAGCAUGAGAACAAGAUGCUGAGAGUACAGCAGAAGGAAUUUGAGCAGGAGAGGGUUACUGCUCUGCAGGCCCAGCUGGAAGAAGCACACAAGACCCGAAGUGAGCUGGAUACUGAAAACAGAUUGGGCCGAGAGCGGAUCACUGAGCUGCAGCAGCAGGUGGAGGACCUUCAGAACUCUCUGCAGAGUCAGGCGGGCAAACCCGAUGAUUCCAACCUAAAACGAAAACUGGACGCACACAUGGUCCAGCUGAACGAGGCUCAGGAUGAGCUCAUGAAGAAGAAAGAGCUGCUGGAGGACCUUGAACCUGAAAACACCCAGACAUCUCUGAAGGUGGAGGAGCUGACGGCUGCUCUGAGAAAGAAGGAUGACGACAUGCGGGCCAUGGAGGAGAGAUACAAGAUGUACUUGGAGAAAGCACGCAAUGUGAUUCGAGCGCUGGAUCCUAAACUGAAUCCAGCCACGGCUGAGAUUCAGGCCCUGAAGAACCAGCUUGCAGACAGAGAGAAGCAGAUUCUCAACCUGGAACGUCAGUGUGAGCAGGCCAAGUUGAAGGAAUACGAGGAGAAGCUUAUUGUCACAGCGUGGUAUAACAAGAGCCUGACCUUUCAGAAGUUAGCCAUAGAAUCACGUCUUGGCGGCCGCUCUGCAUCCAUGUUGUCUACCGGACCGUCCUUUUUGGCCCAGCAGCGGCAAGUUUCGAACGCUCCACGCCGGGAACUCCCGGUCAGCGUGCCUGCAGCUCCACACAAAUAGACCGUAUGACAAAUGUAUGGAAUGUAUGGGAGGGGGAAAAAAAAACUUUCACCCUACAAACGAACACUUAAGUGACCUUAAACACAGUAGCAUGCCCAGAAGGGAAAAAGUUGCAAAGUGAACAAAACUACUGACACUUCAUGGUGUGUAGGGAGACUUCCUGUCAACAUCAUAUAUAUGAAGAGCAAAUCAAAUGAACUUUUGCAGUCAAAUCAUUAUUUGCUAAUAGAUGCUCAAAAAUAACAUUGCACAUUUAAUAAAUGAAGGCUAUUAAAUAAAUAAAUGUGCUUACUGUAAAAAAUGUUCAACUGAUCUAUGCAGUGAGUUGUUUUCCAGCACUUAGAUGUAGAAAUGCACCUUUAAUUAUCUUCAGGAAAACAAUUGUGGUGCAGGUCACCAGCCGUGUACAGCCACCAAACACCGGACAUAUUUUUCUGAACAGUAGAACAGGAAAUCACAACUGAAAAUCCUUCAGUUUUAAUGAACAACACCUUGAGCUUUUGAACCUUUUAAAGUUGCAGUUCUAACGUUUGAAAAGCGAGUUAAAUUCACAGACGUAACGUUGUCCACUGGAAUGAUACGUAGAUAAGGUUUGAGUGUUCACGUGGUGAGUUUUAGCAUUUACAGCGACAUCCAAAUUGUAACUUUCUUUUUUUUUUUAAUGAAUGUCAAAGCAGAGGGUUAGGGUAAGAACGUGUUUGGUUUUGGGUUUAACUGGUUUCACCAUGUGAAAGGGCCGUCUUGGUUACCGCGUUAGCUCAGCAGUACCAGGAGUGAAGUAUUUUCAUGGUUUCGCUGUGUCAGAAUGUGUCAAUGUGUUCUACGGCUGAUUUAUGUGGAUUGUUGGUUUAAAAAAAAAAAACGAAACUAAUUUGUAGAAAUCUAAGACGUACAAUCAAAUAUCAAACACAGCAGGGAAUAAAAUCUAGUAGAAAAAAUCAAAAAGAGUUUUGAUGUAAAAUCCCAAAUUGUUAUAGGCAUGUAGAAUUUAUAAAGUUAGUAUUUGGGUUUCCUGUGAAUAAAAUAUU